GGAUAGAGAGAGAGGGGGCAAAGGAGAGAGGCCAUAUGAAACCAGCAGAGCAUAAGCCACGCUUUAUCCUGCCAGUCUGUCCCGCUCUGCGAGCACAGGAAACACGCGACUCCCCCAGCCCUCACUCACUCAUUCAUCACGCUCUUUCACACACUUCUACAGACACACACACAGCGGCUCACAAAGGACUGGAGGAUGGCUGUGUCCAUGAGAAGAAUGAAUGGGUCCUGGAGAGGGAUGGCUCUAGCCCUGGUUCUCUGUACUCUGCUCCUACACAAUGAAGUUCACUGUCAAGAUUCCACUGAUACACCUUAUACAUCCGAUGCCAAAGAUGCCCCGGGUGCUUCACCCACAGCCGCCCCAGGUGCUACACCCACAGCCACCCCAGGUGCUGCACCCACAGACGCCCUGGGUACUGCACCCACAGCCGCCCCAGGUGCUGCACCCACAGCCGCCCCAGGUGCUGCACCCACAGACGCCCCAGGUACUGCACCCACAGACGCCCUGGGUACUGCACCCACAGAUGCAACAGGAAUCGCAGCCCACGCAGACGACACUCAAGGUACUGAUGCCACCAUUGAACCCCAAGCCCCUGUAGACGACAAGGCCACUACUGUCGCUAACUCCACAGCUGACAACACUUCUGGGACCAGUACUCCAGUACCAGACCAGGACACUACCUUCCCUCCAGUACCAGACCAGGACACUGCCUUCACCUCCAUGGUGCCAGAUCAUGACCCCUUAGCCACAGGUGACACCUCUGGCACCACAGCUGGACCUGGUGUCGACACACAGGGCACUGAAGCUACUGAUGACCCGGGUGCACCUGUUGUGCAUCAGGCCCCUGUUUUUGUUCUUCCCACUGUUGAGUGUGUGGACAAGGAGGCAGUGAAGGACAAAGACACAGUCAAGGUGGAGCUUUCUUCAGAAACUAGCUGUUCAGUGACCAAGAGAAUCAUGGAGGAUUCAGCCUGGUGCACAGGAGACUGCAACCUUAAACUGUUCCAGGAGGAGAACUCUAACACACUGGUUUUGACACGCUCUAAUGGUGGAGUCAAAGAUUUGUCAGAGAGCCUGAACAGCCAAGACAUCAAGGGCCAGCUGGGUGUGGUGAAUGCAGCUCCUCAGUGGAGUAAACACUCUUCCACCGUGCUGGUGUCUCUGCUCAUCAGUGGCCUGCUGCUGGCUGCUGCCCUCAUCGGAGGCUACUGUCUGAAGAAACACUGCAGACACAAUGCCAAGGGCAUGAGGCUGGCUGAAGAUGCGUACCCAGUGGAUGAGGAGAACCAGGGGAACACCCUGGUGUCUGUGGCGCCUCUCAACCCCCUUGAGACCCGGGAGAAGCCCGCUAACGGGGAUUCCCAAGAGGCCGCCAAGACCCAGCCCCCUCCCACCAACGGCCACUCCACCGCCAACUUGGCAGACACAGAGCUGUGAAGACCCCACUAGAACCCCUGGAGAAGAAUGAAACUUACCCCUCUAUCCCUCCAACACCAACCCUUCCCCUCAGAACACAGCAGAACUCCAGCGACCCCCAUCCUACAGUGGACAUCAAGGACAAAAACUGCCCCUCAUAACCCCAAUACCCCCCCCAUAAACACUCCUUCAGACUCUCCAUGUCCCCCACUUCGGCUACAUACAACUCCAUGGUAAAGACAGAUAAGAUUGAUGAUAAGGCUUGAUACUAAUGUGAAUGAUGAUGAUGAUGAUGAUAAUAAUGAGGCAGAGGGCUGUAUCCCUGUCCCUUGGAUGCUUUCGUCAUUCAGGCCUGGAGGUUGGGCCGAGGCAGGACUGGGUGGGGAGGGUUUUACGUUGUUAAUCACCACUGGCUCCAAGACGGCGGCUGGGGUCCCAUCAACCACGCCAUGUGCCCUGCCUGCACGUCAUCAGGUUUAAAGCUUCCUUCCAAAAGUCCGUUAACCAUAAAUAGAAGCAAAGCUUCACGUUCAAUUCAAAUUGGUCCUUAGACCUUAGUUGAUCGCAAAAAAAUAGCAAAAAAAAAGUAACAUCCUUAAAUCUGUUUACAAAGUUCUGAGUGGAAUAAAGGAACGCUCUUAGCUUGUUUGUUCAUCUUUGUGCAUGCUUGUGUGUUUGUGCUUGUUUUUUUAUGUAUGGGUGUGUAUUUGAGCUAGCAAUUUUGUGUGUGCAAGACUGUCUGCGUGCGUGUUUUUGUGUAUGUACACCAGCUAUACAUUUUUUUUUCUUCUCAAUUUUGUAAAAUGAGUAGACAAGGUGAUGGUUUAGGGAGUUAGGUCCCCAGUAGUGGUGAGGAGAGGGGUCCUCUUUUGGCGCUUAAUCUCACUGCCAAUCUGUAGGAGACGAAGCAGGAAAUAGUCUCCCCUUCAUUACUGCAAGCUGAACCCAGAUCAGCCAAUGGUCUGACAGGAGGUAGAAAAAGAAGAUCCACACCGUGUCACCAUGGCAACUGCUGAAAACCACCCCAGACUGAUUUGUAUAAUGUCUGGGUCACAGUGUAGUGUGUAUAUAACGAGGUCAGGUGUGCCAAUCCUUUCAAAUAAGUCAGUAUUAUGAUAUUUUCAAUACCUUUUGUAAUGGUAUCGAAUUAGACACUUAAUACAUACAGUAUUAUAUUGAACAAUGUUAUAUAAUAUGCUUCUGUUUUAUGUUUUUGUGACUCUUGUGUACUCACACUUGCUUUGUUCAUUUUCACCAGCUUGCCAUGCAGACAUUCUGUAUAGGAAGGAGUGAUCAUACACAGACAUAAUUUUCAGCAGCUUGCCAUGCAGACAUUCUGUAUAGGAAGGAGUGAUCAUACACAGAAAUCAUUUUCACCAGCUUGCCAUGCAGACAUUCUGUAUAGGAAGGAGUGAUCAUACACAGAAAUCAUUUUCACCAGCUUGCCAUGCAGACAUUCUGUAUAGGAAGGAGUGAUCAUACACAGAAAUCAUUUUCACCAGCUUGCCAUGCAGACAUUCUGUAUAGGAAGGAGUGAUCAUACACAUAAAGUACUUGUAGCUUCUUUUCAUUUUUCAUUUUAUGUCAUAUGAAUUCUGAGGUUAAGGUAUUGUUUGGGUCUCUUUUAAUGUGUCUGAAACAUGUCUUUAGCCUAGUUGCCCGUAUACGCAGGUAGCCUAGUGAUGAGAGUGUUGGACCAGUAACCGAAAGUUUGCUAGAUCGAAUCCCCGAGCUGACAAGGUAAAAAAAUCUGUCGUUCUGCCCCUGAACAAGGCAGUUUAGCCACUGUUCCUAGGCAGUCAUUGUAAAUAAGAAAUUUGUUCUUAACCGAGUGGCCUAGUUAAAAAAUAUACAUGUUGCGCAAAUGCUUGGCAAUACAUUUUAGCAGAACUGCAUUUAAAACACAGCCCAAUCUAUUGUUUAAAAGUACACUCAGCAUGCAUAGCAGGGUGAUUUCUUGUUUAUAGACCUCUACAAGUAGAUGAAUUCAUAUAGUCUACCCUUAAAAUCAGGAACUAAGAGGAAUGUUACAAUUUCCAUUAUGCAUAACAUUACAUCACUGUUUUUGUUUUAUCUAACUGGAGGAAUUUGCCAUUUAAAAAAACAAACAUUUGAGCACAUAAGUGUUACCUUUAAUUUCUACUUUUCAGAAAUGUUCUAUAUUUUUAACAUCCCAAAAUUACUGUUAAUUCUACUAGCAUCAUACAUUUCAAGAAUGGAAAUUGGAAAAUAAAAUAAUGUUUUUAUAAAGUU